GGUCUCAGACGGGAAGGGUGGUGGCUACAAGUGUUUACGGACGGGUGCACACGUGAGAGCUGGAGAAGGCUGUGGUGCUGUGGUCAUCUCCAGGAGCAGUUUCCAGUCUUCCCUGGUAACCGAUGAUGUGGCAGAACUCAGGCUCCUGAUUGGACUGCGCUUCUUCAGUUAGGGGAAAUCUCUGAGAAGCUAAUGGAAACUGAAGAAGUAAUUUUGGUUGCCAUCUUGACUCUGCUGGGCCUCCUUUUCCUGGUUAUUCUGAUAGUAAGAUGGACACGGUGUAGAAAAAAUGUGACACAAAUCUCCAGAGUCAACUCAGAACAAUGUGCUGGGCUUCUGGACAAUGAAGAUGGUAUCGCCUCUGCCAGACGUAACAAAGGGGUGCCCAAAGGAUGUUUAACACCAUCUGCUACUUCUCUGGGAAGACCACCCAUCAACCCCGUGGGGGUACAGUCAACCAGCUCCAUGGGUGAGUGUUCCCUGGCUGGCUUUCAGUUCUGCCAUGCUGUGCUUUGCAAGCCUUAUUGUUUAUAUACUUGUUUUUGAUUCUUUUAAAGUGUUUUUAAAAUAAGAUACAGAAAUAAUUAACACUGUAUAUAACACCCUCCCUGUGUAUAAACACUGACUGUGUAAAUACCCUCACUGUGUCUACACCAUGGUACAGUGUGCAAACCCAUCUUCAGUGUACGUACGCACUCUCAGCGUAAGCCCAUCGAUGUGUGUACAC